AUGAAGUUGCUGCUGCUAACAUCGAUCGUGGUUUAUUCAGCGGGAACAGGAACACAGUAUCCUGCGUGCGUUAGCAAUGAUGGCGCAAAUGUGAGAGCUUCGCAUUACCCUUUUCUUCGAGGGGCAAGCUGGUCAGCUGUAAACGCCUUCAAUGAAAUUAUAGGUAAGUAUAACAUUACUAAAGAGGACCGCGACGAAGCCUUAGAUAAAUGGGCUGUAGACAACGAUUUGCUUGACGUUUACCGUAAAUACAGGACCACCGUAGAAUCAGCCAGAGAAGAACGACGGAAGGCAAUUCUUGGCACGCUAGAUUACUUGCGAGGAUUUUUUGAAAAGAUUGGAGAGCUUCAAGCUAAUAAGAGUUACACCUGCACUCAGGAGUCUGAUGGAAUUCGUGAGUUAUGCUCUACGCUCAACUUUCUCGAACGUCGGCUUGUUGAUACCCUGAUGUUCGCGUACAGGACUGGCUCAAGUGAAAAGGUCAAAAAGGCACUGAGAUUAGUUCCCGACGGCAAUUAG